GGUGGUCGAUAACUGAUUGUGCAUCGUUCUCUUCAAAACGAGAAAUUGAAGUUCGAUAUAUCUGAAAUAAUUCGUCAACCGCUGCUUUGAAAUAUCGGAUUGCUUCGCGGUAAAUUUGGAUGCUUGGAUAUUAUAAACGGAAAAGCAAUGCAUCGUUUCGAACGGUUACAUUGUAAAUUAUGCAACGAAAAUCCUCCAUUUUGAUUAGAAAGAAGACACUAUGAAAUAGCCGAAAUACAAGAAAUACGUUAUAUUUGAAUUUUAAUACCUGAAACGACAACAAGACCCGUCCGGCACAUAUGGGUUUUUGAUUUAGAAUCAUGGAAAGUAAAUCAAUGUCAUUGUCGAACAGCGGAAAAUCCGCCACGGCGGAGGAUUCUAAGACCGAAAUGCAAAUGGUACUUGCAAAAAUGAUGGAAGAAAAGCAUACGUACACGUACAAGAAAUUAGUGGUGCCCAUGUCGAUGCGAAGUAUCUAUUGGAAGUUUUUUGGAUUUCCAGCCACAGACGAUGGAGACAUUCUCACUAAAGUAAAGAUUGUUUGCAUCUUAUGCAAAACUCAAAUCGCCUACAAUCGUAACACCAGCAACUUACGUAUGCACUUGCAAAACAAACAUGCUCAAGAGCUGUUAGAACUCGAAGCUACUAAUCCUCCUCGAAGACAGGUAGUUUCACAAGAAACGAAAGAGCGGAGAGCUCAAAAGAGGUUAUUGAAGGCAGGUCUAACGUCCGCACAACAUAUUUACACUACUAAUGCUGAUGGUACUGUGCAAAUAAACGGGGACAUUCAGUUCGUGACAGAUCCAAAUAUAAGUCUUUCUAACAUCGAGGAUGACAUUUCAAUCGGUCAGCCGUUACGAGUCAUGAUUAAAAGCGGUUCUAAUAUCAGUAACAACAGCCAAAACGUGGCCUUUCUUAUGCCUGAAGAGAACGCUAUUAAUCAGUCAAGCAUCCACGGGAAAAAUGUGUCUGAUGCUAUAGCAGAAUUCAUUAUAAUGGACUUACAGUUACCUGAGGUAGUGGAAGGCCGAGGAUUUCAGAGGCUAGUCGCAACUCUACGGUCGCCUUGCGAAAUUCCGAAUAAAAAUAAAUUAGAAGAUGAAAUCAUACCAAAGAUUUAUGACACCUUCCGGGAAUCAGUGGCGACAACUUUGACUUGUGUCACUGGUGAAGUGGGUCUUACCGUUGAAGAGUGGAGAUCAAAUUCUGAUGAACGUUUUGUUACUAUCUCUGUUUACUAUCAAAAUGCAGGUGAACCAGUUUUAGAAUGUAAAGUAUUAAGUACAAUUCAUGCGCCGUUGGAUUGGGAAGAGUCUCAAUGGGGCAAUACAAUAGAUUCUUUGUUGCUUGAUUGGGAUUUGAAAAUAGAGAGGAUAAUUGCUGUGGUAGUAGCUACAUCUAGAACAGAACUAUUAACUGCCUUAACAAAUCGGGGAUUAACAUUAGUUCCUUGUUUACUUCAUACGUUGCAAGUAUGCGCUCAAGCUUGUUUUGAAAAUCCAGAGGUUGCUUCUAUAUUGUCUAAAUGUAGAGCAGCUAUCGGAGCUAUCAUAAGCCAUCCAGCUGCAUCGGCAGCUCUGUCUAUGCAAGAACAGUUACUGGAGUUGGAGGAGAAUACCAUGUUAAUGGAUUAUCCGCCUGUGUGGACGUCAACGUACAACAUGCUCGAGCAGAUAGUCCUACGUCGUAAUAUCGUAACAUCGAUUUUAGAAAGCAUGGAAGGAGUUGAUCAAGAGAUGGUUGAUCUAACAAACGAACAGUGGAAGAUCAUAGAAGAUCUCGUGCAUGUUCUUGAACCGUUCAAAGUUACUAUCAUGACGCUUAGUGAGGAAAAAAUGCCUUUGAUAUCAUUACUAAAACCAUUGCUUUGGCAACUUGUAUCUUCUCAUCUCAAAGUAAAAGAAAUUGACAGCGAUAUAGCUAGAUCUUUCAAAGAAUCCUUAUCCGACAUGCUUUGCGAUAGAUAUGCAGAUUACAAUGUUACUCUUUUACUUCAAAUUGCUACCACUCUAGAUCCAAGAUUUAAGCAACUUCCAUAUGCUACUGAAGAAGAUAAAAAUCUAGUUGCAACUCCUAUUAAAGAUAUGUUGACAAAAUUAAUACAGGAAGAGUCUGGGGAUACUACAACAACUAUUAAAAUUGAGGACGAGCCUCCAAAUAAGAAAAGUCGUUUAUCUGGUAUGGAACUUUUACUUGGUGGUUUAUGUUCGACAAAAAGUGGAAUGCCUGCAGAGGAGAAGGCAGAUCUUGAACUUGUACAAUAUCAUUCGGAAGCGACCGCUCCGCUUGAUUGCUGCCCGCUUCAGUGGUGGGCUAAAAUUUCCGCAAAGUGUCCAAAUUUAGGGAAGCUGGCUUGUAGAUAUAAUUGUGUGCCUGCAUGUUGUGCACCACCUUCUAGAAUCCCAGCGGAGGUGCAAGUUCUGUAUGAUACAAGGCGAGCCGCUUUACCCCCUCAUCUGAUAGACAAAUUGCUCUUUCUUCAUGGCAAUCAUACGGUUUAAGGAAAAUGUUAAAUCGUACUGAGAUUAUUUUAAAGUACUAU